AUGCUGUCCUCCUAUGCGACCCGGUUUCUGGCGAAACGCCCCCUCACAACCACAUCAAGACCAUACGUCUCAUUCCGACCUUCCCUCAACGCGACACAACCGACGACACGAUCAAUAAGCAGCAUAUCUUCUGCCAGCAAUGCGCUCCAACGAAUACGGCAGGCCACUUUGGCGGAUAGUCUGAAGGCAUUACGACUUGAUGGGACGACAGCAUCACAAGCCCUUGCGGCACAUCAAAUCCGAGGCAUGAAAGUGCGGAGCAGUGUCAAGAAGCUAUGCGACGGAUGCAAGAGUCAUGGGCACUGGCGUAUUGGAAUGGGAACAGGGAUUUGUUUGGAAGAGUCGAGCAACAUGGAUGCACGGGAAGCGGAAGGUCACACGCGAGACCACUCCCGCGACGAGGCUCGAAGCAGAAUUGAAACGAGUGCACUCGCAUGGAGCAUUGAUCCACCAUACGAGACUGAAGUGAAUCAAUAUCUGGACUUCAUACUCGACAAGUAUGAGGAGAUUCAACAGAUGCUGGCUUCAAGUCUGGUCGAGGCCAAAGCCAAGCGCGCUCGUGAUGAUGACGGCAUCGAGAUCGUGGCAUUGACGGAUCUCACGACUGUCGAGGAAGUCUUCGCAGCCCUGCAGAAAAGCCUGGGCCGUCCAUUCGAAGGCAAGGAGAUCCUCAGCUUUUUUGUCAGUAUUCCAGAUGAAGAGGAGCCCUUUCGCAUCGAUAAGGGUGACACAGACGACGGCGGCUGGGAAGCGGUGCUCUGUGUGGUGAAGGAGGGAAACUUGACCAAGUUGAGCGGAGUUGUGGAAGCGGAGCAUUGA